AUGGAAAAUAAAAAAGAUUUAAAGGAAAUAUUUAACAUGACUUUACAUGAUGAUGAUUUAAGUAAUGAGCCAAUAGAAACAUGUAUUGCGAGAAUAAGGCAACAAUUAUUCAACUUUGAAAACGAUAUUAAUGCAAAAGAGUUGGAAAAUCAGAGUAAAUAUAAAGAAACUUUGAGAAAAUAUGGUGUCAAGUUUGAUUUAAAGGAUGUUAAGAACAUGGACAAGCCUGAUGAUAAGGGGGAAAAAACGUGUUUACAAGCCAAAGCUGAUAAGGUAACAGAAAAUACAGAUUUGGAAAUAUCGGAUUCUGAAAUAUCUGACACUGAAACUUUUGACUCACAGUCAGAUUAUUGA